AUGGGAACAACCACUUCAAAGAACUCUGUGAAUCAACGGGGAAAAGCACAAACAUGUAUUAAACAAAAAACACGAGUUAAUUCUGAAAAAACACGCACUAAAUCACAAACUUCAACAAAAACAUUAUCUCCUCCUGCAGCUCGUGGACUACAGGAAUCAUCAGAAGAGAGGGAGAGAGGAAAGAAAAAGAGUGAAUCUGUUACCACACAUCCUAUUACUCAUAAAACAGAGAGGAGUGAACCCUUUGCGGUAUUACGAAAAGGAGAUCCUAAUGAAGAAAAUCUUUUCGGACCAUUUAGUGUUAAUAGUCAUGAUGAUAUCAAUAGUAAUACUAUGAAUAGUGAUCCUAGGAUAAAUACCUUUGCUACUGCUAAUUCUAAUUCUAAUAAUAAUACUAAUACUACUAUGACUGCUAGUAAUACUAUUGCCGCCCCACGAUCACCGAAUUCACCAUCCCUGGCAGCAGCCCAGCCAUCAUCGCCUAUACCAACAUAUAUAUCUCAACUACUACCAAAUACACCAUCUACACCUGUUCUGUUAUCGUUUCGUAUGCAUUCAUUCUCUUCAAGAGAAGGAGGUUUCUCACAGAAUUCACCAGAGUCUAAUAUAUCUAUUUCUAGUACUGUACCUAUUCAUACACGUUUUUUAGAAAUCAAAGGAUAUCCUGCUGUGUUGGAAAACUAUGGAAACACCUGUUAUUGUAAUGCCGUCCUGCAGCUUUUCUACCACUGUACCCCACUAAGACUGCGGCUUCUUGAAUUGCAUGAAAUUUUAUCCCGGGGAAAAGUACUUGUCGGUCUGGAUGAAUCUUCUGUAUUGAGGAUCUUCACAGAUAUCAUUGCAAAGAUGCAUAAGGCAAGUAAUAGUAAAAAGUUACGUAAAGAUAUUAUUUCACCAAAACCACUCCUUUCCUGUGUAAAAAGCCUCAACUCAACGUUUAAUAAUGAUCUUCAACAUGAUGCCCAUGAAUUUGCUAUUUUUAUACUUAGUAGCAUGAUAGAUGUGGAGACACAUAUGAUGGAGAAUGAGAAAAACCGAAAACUUUUCUUUGAUUUAAAGAAUAAUAACAAUAGUAGUAAAAAUCUUAAAUGGUCAGAAAAAUGGCGAUGGAGACGAAAAGAAAGUAAUGUUAAUACCCCAAACUCUUUUGAUACUAGUGAUUUUCAGAAUGCAAAUGUGGAACUUCCACUUGCAUUGCGAGGAGGAGGAGGAGGAGCUGCUGGGGGGUUCAAUACGAAUAACAUAUCAACAUUUGAUUCUUUUAAUGACUUGUGUGAACUGCGAGGGGCUACGCAAACAGCAGCGACCUCACCAUCUUCUCCCUCUAUAGCUGCUACUCCCUCUAUUGCUUCUGCUCCUUCUGCUGCUGCUGCUGCUGCUAUUCCUACUACUGUUGUUGAUAAGAGUACAUUAUCACCAUUGCAGGUGAUAUUUGGUGGUCAAUUCGCCUCACUGAUGGCAUGUCUAGAGUGUGAGCGUGUAACGGUUCAACGUGAGCCUUUUGUAGAUCUUAGUCUUGAUAUUGAGCAGGGCACAUCACUGCAGCGAUGUGUGGAGAACUUUGGUAAACCAGAACUCUUUUACGGUAACAAUAAGUUGUAUUGUAAUCACUGUAAGAAGCAAGUAGUGGCACAAAAGAUGAUUCGUGUACAUCGUCUGCCAGAGUUUGCUCUAUUAGUACAUUUAAAACGGUUUCAGUAUGAUGAGAAGACUGGUGGGAUGAAGAAGAAGAAUGUUCAUGUCGCUCUUCCACGUGAAAUUGAUUUGGUGGAAUAUGAACCAUAUGAAGAUGAAGAUGAUAAUAAUAAUAAUAAUAAUAAUAAUAAUAAUAAUAAUAAUAACAGAGAACGUGCGGCUUCUAGUGGUAAUGUAAGUGAUAAUAGUAGAAAUAUUAUCGCUGCGGAUGGAGUUAAUAGUCGUGGUAAUAGUAUUAAUAAUAAUCAUCAUCAUCCUAAUGAUUAUUAUUAUGAUGUUGGGUUACCAUCCAAGGGCCUUCCUACGUGGUCUCCGAGGGAUCUGCAUAGUAAUUCCGCAGCGAAAGAUAAUAAUAUUACGCAUAAUGAUAUUAAUGAGAAAUAUACCACAAACGGUCAAAACAACAAAAACAAAAACAAAAAUAGUAAUCAUUAUAAUAAUCAUCAUCGUCAUCCUCAUCAUCAUGGUGAGGAACGGAACGAAGAAAAGAAUAACACGCAUAUACACGUGGAUACGGAAACUGGUAUACCGCAGCCAUCUGCACGUUUACUACAAAAGUUAAAUGGAAUGGAACAACGAAAAGGACGGUUUGUGCUCAGUGGCUUCGUUACGCACACCGGCGAGGGGCCAAAUCUCGGGCAUUACUUCACAUGUGUGCGGCACGGAUCCCAAUGGCGGCGCUUUGAUGAUGUGACGGUGUAUGAACUCUCCGAGAAUGAAGUGCAGGAGUAUUGGGGUGUGCCCAUUCCAGUGAGUGGGGUGAUUACUUCCACAUCCUACAUAUUAUUAUAUGAACGUGUUGCAUGA